AAGAGGAGAAAGAGAAAGAGGAUAAGGAGGCGGUGGGGCUGGAGAACCCGAAACACCUCCCGGCGCCGGGACGCUUCUUCUGUUCCUAAUGUGAGAAGGUAGGCCCAGAUCAUGGAGGUGCUACAGUGUGAUGGCUGUGACUUCCGAGCCCCAUCUUACGAAGAUCUCAAGGCGCACAUCCAGGAUGUCCACACAGCAUUUCUGCAGCCAACUGAUGUUGCUGAAGACAAUGCUAAUGAGCCACGAUCCGGGUCCAUGAACGCCAGUAACCAGACAGAGGUGGAGUAUUCUUCGAUAAAGGACGAAUUUGCAAUCGCAGAGGAUUUAUCAGGUCAAAAUGCAACUGCAUUGGGGACCGGAAGCUACUAUGGCCACAGUCCAGGAUAUUACGGUCAGCAUAUUGCCCCUAAUCCCAAACCAACAAACAAGUUUUUUCAAUGCAAGUUCUGCGUACGCUACUUCAGGUCAAAAAAUCUCCUCAUCGAACACACAAGGAAGGUCCACGGAGCUCAAGCUGAAGGGAGUUCGGCGGGCCCCCCUGUUCCAGGAUCCUUAAAUUAUAAUAUCAUGAUGCAUGAGGGAUUUGGAAAGGUCUUCUCUUGCCAGUUUUGCACAUACAAGUCACCGAGGAGGGCGAGAAUAAUUAAGCACCAGAAGAUGUAUCACAAAAACAAUUUGAAGGAGACCACUGCUCCCCUCCCUGCCCCUGCUCCAAUGCCAGACCCUGUGGUCCCACCCGUGUCCCUGCAGGACCCCUGCAAGGAACUGCCAGCAGAGGUCGUGGAACGCAGCAUCUUAGAGUCCAUGGUCAAGCCUUUGACCAAGUCUCGAGGCAACUUUUGCUGUGAGUGGUGCAGCUACCAGACACCCCGCCGGGAGCGCUGGUGUGAUCACAUGAUGAAGAAGCAUCGCAGCAUGGUCAAGAUCCUUUCCAGCCUCCGCCAGCAGCAAGAAGGGACUAACCUCCCCGAUGUGCAGAACAAAAGCGCCCCCAGCCCCACUUCCAACUCCACCUAUCUGUCCAUGAAUGCUGCAAGCCGGGAGAUGCCCAGCGCCAACGUCUCCAACUUCCGGGGCUCCAUCAGUAACUCCAUCAUGAGACCCAAUUCUUCGUCCGCUUCCAAGUUUCCACCCGUGUCUUACCCUCAGAUGAAGCCGAAGUCCCCUCACAACUCUGGCCUUGUUAACUUGGCGGAGAGAUCGCGUUAUGGCAUGGCUGACAUGACCAAUUCCUCUGCUGACCUGGAAACCAACAGCAUGCUGAAUGACUCCAGUUCUGAUGAAGAGUUGAACGAGCUAGAUAGCGAGAACGGCUUGAAUGCCAUGGAUCACCAGACGUCAGGCAUAUCUGCAGAACAGCUGAUGGGCUCGGACGGCAACAAGUUGCUGGAGACCAAGGGGAUUCCGUUUAGAAGGUUCAUGAAUAGGUUCCAGUGCCCCUUCUGUCCCUUCCUCACUAUGCAUCGACGUAGCAUCUCCCGUCACAUAGAAAACAUCCAUUUGUCCGGAAAGACCGCCGUCUACAAAUGUGAUGAAUGUCCGUUUACUUGCAAGAGCUCGUUGAAGCUUGGGGCUCACAAGCAGUGUCACACGGGUACAACGUCAGAUUGGGAUGCUGUGAAUUCCCAGAGCGAGAGCCUUUCUGCUUCCCUGAACGAAGGUGUCGUGUCUUAUGAGAGCUCGAGCGUCAACGGCAGAAAGCCGGGGGUCCUGUUGGAUCCCCUGCAGCAGCAACAGCCACCACCCCCGCCGCCACCACCACCCCCACCGCCGUCCCAGCCACAUCCACCGCAGCUACAGCCGCCCCACCAGGUGCCAGCCCAGCCGCAGCCCCAGCCCCCGCCGGUGCAGCCGCCCCAGCCGCCCAUGCCAGCCCCACCCCUGCACCCUUACAAAUGCACCAUGUGUAAUUACUCCACCACGACUCUGAAAGGGCUACGGGUCCAUCAGCAGCACAAGCACUCGUUCUGCGACAACUUGCCAAAAUUCGAGGGGCAGCCCUCAAGCCUGCCGUUGGAGAGCGAGACAGACAGCCACCCCUCUUCCAGCAACACUGUGAAGAAAAGUCAGACCUCAAUUCUUGGGUUGUCCUCCAAGAACAAUUUUGUAGCUAAGGCCUCUAGGAAGCUCGCCAACGACUUUCCCCUCGAUCUGUCACCCGUGAAGAAGAGAACGAGGAUCGACGAGAUUGCAAGCAACCUGCAGAGCAAAAUCAACCAGACAAAGCAGCAGGAGGACGCGGUGAUCAACGUGGAGGAUGACGAGGAGGAAGAGGAAGACAACGAAGUGGAGAUAGAGGUCGAGUUGGACAGGGAGGAAGAGCCCACAGAGCCGGUCAUGGAGGUGUCCACAUCCUUCUCGGCCCAGCAGAUCUGGGCGAGAGACGCUGGCGAGCCCCAAAAGGAGCCCAGCUUCAGAAGCGUCGCCCACGACUACAACGCCACCAACGGGGCGGAAAUUGAGCUCACCCUUUCCGAAGACGAAGAGGAUUACUAUGGCUCCUCGGCCAACAUGAAAGACCACCAGGUUUCCAGUACUGCUCUGCUGAACACCCAGACUCCCAUCUAUGGGACAGAGCACAGUAACGAGAACACAGACUUUGGUGACUCUGGACGGCUUUAUUAUUGCAAACACUGUGACUUUAACAACAAAUCGGCCCGGAGCGUCAGCACCCACUACCAACGGAUGCACCCUUAUAUCAAGUUCAGCUUUCGGUACAUCUUGGACCCCAACGACCACAGUGCCGUGUACAGGUGCCUGGAAUGCUACAUUGACUACACCAACUUUGAAGACCUGCAGCAGCAUUACGGUGAACACCACCCAGAAGCCAUGAAUGUACUCAACUUCGACCAUUCGGACCUGAUCUACCGGUGUCGGUUUUGUUCCUACACGAGCCCGAACGUCCGAAGCCUGAUGCCGCAUUACCAAAGAAUGCAUCCCACAGUCAAGAUCAACAACGCGAUGAUAUUUUCCAGCUAUGUCGUGGAGCAGCAGGAAGGGCUAAAUACGGAAUCCCAGACACUGAGGGAGAUUCUGAAUUCAGCCCCCAAGAGCAUGGCGACUUCCACUCCCGUGGCUCGCGGUGGCGGUCUGCAGGCUACAUUUAAUAAAAACACUUCUUCAAAGACCUAUACUCCAGAAUGUGAAAAUCAGAAGGACCCCUCAGUUAACACUGUUGUCGUUUACGAUUGUGACGUUUGUUCGUUUGCAAGCCCCAACAUGCAUUCUGUCUUGGUUCAUUAUCAGAAGAAACACCCGGAAGAAAAGGCUUCCUACUUUAGGAUCCAGAAAACCAUGCGAAUGGUGUCUGUGGACAGGGGCUCUGCCCUUUCUCAAUUAUCAUUUGAGGUGGGUGCUCCAAUGUCUCCCAAAAUGUCCAACAUGGGUUCCCCACCCCCCCCACAACCCCCGCCACCAGACCUCAGUACUGAGCUUUACUACUGCAAACACUGUUCCUACAGCAAUCGGUCAGUUGUGGGAGUGCUUGUCCACUACCAGAAAAGACACCCAGAAAUAAAGGUCACUGCCAAAUAUAUCAGACAGGCUCCUCCCACAGCUGCAAUGAUGAGGGGGUCUGAGGGGCCCCAAGGCUCCCCUCGGCCACCCGCCCCCAUACAACAGCUCAACCGCAGCAGCUCUGAGCGAGAUGGCCCUCCUGUGGAGAACGAGAUGUUCUUUUGCCAGCACUGUGAUUACGGGAACCGGACGGUCAAGGGUGUCCUCAUUCACUAUCAGAAGAAGCACCGAGACUUCAAGGCCAAUGCAGAUGUGAUCCGGCAGCACACGGCCACCAUCCGAAGCCUCUGUGACCGGAACCAGAAGAAGCCUGCCAGCUGUGUGCUCAUGGCCCCCUCCAGCGCGGAGCGGGACAAAGCGAAACUUCGAGCGCUCAAGUGUAGGCAGUGCUCAUAUACCUCCCCCUACUUCUAUGCACUGAGGAAGCAUAUCAAGAAAGACCACCCUGCCCUGAAGGCCACAGUCACGUCCAUCAUGCGGUGGGCGUUCCUUGAUGGCUUGAUAGAAGCUGGCUACCACUGCGAGUGGUGCAUCUAUUCGCACACAGAGCCCAACGGUCUGCUCCUGCAUUACCAGAGGAGGCAUCCAGAGCAUUACGUUGACUACACUUACAUGGCUACCAAACUCUGGGCUGGGCCAGACCCGUCCCCUCCCUCCCUCGCGCUGCCCACAGAAGCCAAAACGUACCGAUGCAGAGACUGUGUCUUUGAGGCCAUGUCCAUCUGGGACAUCACCAAUCACUACCAGGCAUUCCAUCCCUGGGCCAUGAAUGGUGAUGAGUCGGUGCUGCUGGAUAUCAUCAAGGAGAAAGAUGCCAUCGAGAAUCCCCUCCCCCCCUCCGCCGAAGAGCUGGUGGGUCCCGUGAAUUGCGAAAACAGCUUGCCCACUCCACUCCCCGAGCAGGACGCAGAGUGCCCAGAUGACCCGAGGCUCUCCCCAGAGAAGAGCAUCCAGCUGGCCUCGGCCAACCCGGCCAUCUCGUCCACCCCGUACCAGUGCACAGUUUGCCAGUCUGAGUACAACAACCUGCAUGGCCUGCUCACCCACUACGGAAAGAAGCACCCCGGCAUGAAGGUGAAGGCUGCUGACUUUGCCCAGGACAUCGACAUCAACCCCGGCGCCGUCUACAAAUGCAGACACUGCCCCUACAUCAACACCCGCAUCCACGGCGUCCUGACGCACUACCAGAAGCGCCACCCGGCCAUCAAGGUGACCGCCGAGGACUUCGUGCACGAUGUGGAGCAGUCCGCGGACAUAGCCCAGAACGACGUGGAGGAGACGAGCAGGAUCUUCAAGCAAGGCUACGGCGCCUACCGUUGCAAACUGUGUCCCUACACGCACGGCACUCUGGAGAAGCUCAAGAUCCACUACGAGAAGUACCACAAUCAGCCCGAAUUCGACGUCUUUUCCCCGUCGCCCCCGAAGCUGCCGGUCUCCCUGGAGCCCGAGAUGACCACGGAAGUGAGCCCCUCCCAGGUAUCCGCUGCUGAGGAGGACGUGGGAGAGGAUCCCAUGUCCACGUCGCACUUCUCCGCCUCGCAUCUGGUCUCCCACACUGUGUUCCGGUGUCAGCUCUGCAAGUACUUCUGCUCCACGAGGAAGGGCAUCGCCAGGCACUACCGCAUCAAGCACAACAACGUCCGCGCCCAGCCAGAGGGCAAGAACAACCUCUUCAAGUGCGCACUAUGCGCCUACACCAACCCCAUCCGCAAGGGGCUGGCGGCCCACUACCAGAAGCGCCACGACAUCGACGCCUACUACACCCACUGCCUGGCCGCCUCCCGGACCAUCAGCGACAAGCCCAACAAGGUGAUCAUCCCUUCCCCGCCCAAGGAUGACUCCCCGCAGCUCAGCGAGGAGCUGCGGCGGGCCGUGGAGAAGAAAAAGUGCUCGCUGUGCUCCUUCCAGUCCUUCAGCAAGAAGGGCAUCGUGUCCCACUACAUGAAGCGCCACCCGGGGGUGUUCCCGAAGAAGCAGCACGCCAGCAAGCUGGGCGGCUAUUUCACGGCCGUCUACGCGGAUGAGCACGAGAAGCCGGUGCUGAUGGAAGAGGAGGAGAGAGGCAGCUUCGAGAAGGCCGAGGUGGAGGGAAGCGAAGCUGCGGAGACCGAGUGGCUCCCGUUCCGCUGCGUCAGGUGCUUCAAGCUGUCCUUCAGCACGGCCGAGCUGCUGUGCAUGCACUACACCGACCACCACAGCCGGGACCUCAAGAGGGACUUCGUCAUCCUGGGCGGCGGCCCCCGCCUGCAGAGCCCCGCCUACCAGUGUAAGCACUGUGAUAGCAAACUGCAAAGCACAGCGGAGCUGACCUCACACUUGAACGUUCACAAUGAGGAAUUCCAGAAGCGUGCCAAACGUCAGGAGAGGAGGAAACAGCUUUUGAGCAAGCAGAAAUAUGCAGAUGGUGCUUUUGCAGAUUUCAAACAAGAGAGGCCUUUUGGUCACUUAGAAGAGGUGCCAAAGAUCAAGGAGAGGAAGGUGGUGGGCUACAAGUGUAAAUUCUGUGUGGAAGUGCACCCGACGCUCCGAGCCAUCUGCAACCACCUGCGGAAGCACGUCCAGUAUGGCAGCGUCCCCGCCGUGUCCGCCGCCGUGAAGGGGCUGCGUUCUCAUGAGAGGAGCCAUCUGGCCCUGGCCAUGUUUACCCGCGAGGACAAGUACAGCUGCCAGUAUUGCUCCUUUGUUUCUGCUUUCAGGCACAACUUGGAUCGCCAUAUGCAAACCCACCACGGACACCAUAAACCAUUCCGGUGCAAACUCUGCUCCUUCAAGUCCUCCUAUAACAGCCGGCUGAAAACACAUAUACUCAAGGCUCACGCUGGUGAACAUGCCUACAAGUGUUCUUGGUGCUCAUUUUCCACCAUGACAAUCAGCCAGUUGAAGGAACACUCCCUCAAGGUCCACGGAAAAGCCCUAACCCUCCCCAGGCCACGAAUUGUCAGUCUGCUCUCCUCCCACGCUCACCACUCCUCCCAGAAAGCUACCCCAGCCGAAGAAGUAGAAGACUCUAAUGACUCCUCGUACUCCGAACCUCCAGAUGUUCAGCAGCAGUUGAACCACUAUCAGUCCGCCGCGCUGGCGAGGAACAACAGCCGCGUCAGCCCCGUGCCUCUCUCCGGGGCCGCCGGGGGUGCCGAGCAGAAAACCGAGGCUGUUCUGCACUGCGAAUUCUGUGAAUUCUCCUCUGGCUACAUCCAGAGUAUCAGACGCCAUUACAGGGACAAGCAUGGUGGGAAGAAGCUCUUCAAGUGCAAAGACUGCUCCUUUUACACAGGCUUUAAAUCUGCUUUUACUAUGCACGUGGAAGCUGGGCAUUCAGCGGUUCCCGAGGAGGGCCCCAAAGAUCUCCGCUGUCCUCUCUGCCUCUAUCACACCAAAUACAAACGCAACAUGAUUGACCACAUCGUGCUGCACCGAGAAGAGCGAGUUGUCCCCAUCGAAGUGUGCCGUUCCAAACUGUCCAAAUACUUGCAGGGAGUAGUUUUCCGCUGUGAUAAGUGCACCUUCACCUGCUCCAGUGAUGAGAGCCUCCAGCAACACAUAGAAAAGCACAAUGAACUAAAACCUUACAAAUGCCAGCUCUGCUACUAUGAGACCAAGCACACGGAGGAACUGGACAGCCACCUUCGGGACGAGCAUAAGGUGAGCCGUAAUUUUGAGCUGGUUGGACGGGUUAACUUGGAUCAGCUGGAACAGAUGAAGGAAAAGAUGGAGAGCUCCAGCAGUGAGGAUGAGGACAAGGAAGAAGAAAUGAGCAGCAAGGCUGAUGACAGAGAUCUGAUGAGAUUUUCGGACCGUGGGGCUGCUAUUAACACCGAGAAACGUUUUCCGUGUGAAUUUUGCGGACGGGCGUUUUCACAGGGCUCUGAGUGGGAAAGGCAUGUGCUGAGACACGGCAUGGCGUUGAAUGACACCAAGCAGGUGAGCAGAGAAGAAAUCCACCUGAAAGAGAGUAUGGAGGACAGUAUUAAGAUGCCCUCUAUAGAGGAAAAGGAAGAUGACGAGGCAAUCGGGAUAGACUUUUCCCUAAAGAGCGAAACAGUAGCCAUUUGUGUAGUAGCUGCUGACAAAUCUCUCCUGGAGAAUGCAGAGGCCAAAAAUGAAUAA